GGAAGGAGGCAGCUCGUGCACUUCUUCCCACUCCCCUUUCCUUGACUCAGACACAAAUUUCGGCUGGAAGUUGUUCAUCACCAGACCUCGGGCUCUGCUUGGCUCAGGCUGGCUCCUGGAGGCAGCAUGAGGGCCCAAGGUCUCCUCCUCCUGGCAGCACUGUUGGUCCUGGGCAGCGAGCUGCCUGGUGCGGAAGGCCGGAGGAAGGGUGAGAGGUCAGGAGGCUGCCCACCGGACGAUCAAGUGUGCCGUCCAGGCAUCCCCCACCAGUGCCUGGUGGAUAAACAAUGCCCCAAAGGCAAGAAGUGCUGCCAGCAGGCCUGCUUCCUCCAGUGCGUGGCCCGAGUCAUGGUGAAGUCGGGCCAGUGCCCCCCGGACCCGCUGCGAUGUCUCAGCGCCACCCAGCACCUGUGCACACAGGACAAGAAUUGCUCUGGCUUGAAGCGAUGCUGUCCGACGGCCUGCGGCCGAGACUGCAGGGACCCUGUCAGAGGCUAACUCCUGCUCCAACCAGGAUUGAGCAGGACCAGAAGAAGGCCAGGACUCCAGGUAUGCCUGGAUGAGACAGCCGCUACAUCAGUCAUCCUCCCCUGGCCACCAGAAAGGUCUCCAGCCUGCUCUGCCUUUCCUGAGAGCAGAGGGAGCCCAGGUCGCAUCUGGGAUCUCUUCUUCUCUUCUGAGAGUCAGGACUGCCAUUCUCUAAACCCUGAAGCCUGGGAGCCUAGCCUGAUGAGGAGUGGAAGAACUCAAAGGACCCGAAACUAGAAAUUCAAGGUUGUCUUCCCAACCUUCCCCAUGAACCUCCUGUGAGACUCGGGCCAGUGCUCUACUUUCACCGAGGCUUAGUUUUCCCUUCUGGAAGAUGGGGAAAAUUCCUCUGUCCCCUGGCUACAGCCUUGGGUGGAGUGUGCCCAUACUGUGGACUCAAUAAAUGUUUGCUGAUACAUUGUUUGUAUCUCUGACCAUGGAUAAUAAGCAUUGAUUAAUAACCUGUAUAUAAAAUGAGGGUGAGGAGGGGCAGCUAGCUGGUUCAGUGGAUAGAGUGCCAGGCUUAGAGAUGCUAAGUCCUGGGUUCAAAUCAGACCUCAGAUACAUCCUGGCUGUGUGACUUUGGGCAAGUCACUUUACUUCCUUUGGCAAGCCCUUACCGCAAUUCUGCUUUGGAACCUAAACUUGCAUUAAUCCCAAAACAGAAGGUAAGGGUUUAAGGAACAAAACAGUGAGGGUGAGGAGGUGGGAGGCUGUGGGGAGAAUGAACUCUUAAAAUGAGUCAUGAGGUCCAAGUUCCAGUCCCACCUCUGCCACUGAUUUCCUAGGUGUCUUUGAGCAAAUAAUAAUACAAAUAAUCAAUAGUAUUUAUGCUAAGCUAUGAAAGUGCUUUAAGGUUUCCAAAGUGUUUUAACACAUGCUGUUUGAUUUCAUCCUCAUAAUAGCCCUGUAAGGCUGGCACUAUCGUCAGGAAAAUGAAUUCGAGAGAAAAUAAGACUUGCAAAGAGAAAAGAUUUAAAUUCAGUCUUUCUACUGACGCCUACUCUAGUGCUCCCAUCUACUCUGCCACCUAGCUCUUUCCUUCUCUUGGCCUCAGUUUCUUAAUCUGUAAAAAGAGGGCUUUGGACUAUAGUCUCGCUAGUGUCCCUUUCACAUCUAAGAUCUUAUGUCUUUAAGACUCCGGGCCUUAGGGUAGUUGGGUAGCCCAAUAGAAGUAAGUCAGGCCAGGAGCAGGGAGGAUCUGAGAUCAAAUCUGGUCUCAGACACUUCCUAGUUGUGUGACCCUGGGCAAGACACUUAAUCCCAAUUGCCUAGCCCUUGCUACUCUUCUUAGAACUGAUCCUGAGACAGAAAGAUAUAGAUAUAAAUUUACAUACAAACACACACACAUAUGUAUUUUAAACUCUAACCUGCUGUCUUAGUAUCAAUUCUAAGGUGGAAGAGCAUCAAAGGCUAGGCAAUCAGGGUUAAGUGACUUGCCCAGGGUCAUACUGCUAGGAAGUAACAGAGGCAACAUUUGAACUCGGGUCCUCCUGACUCUAGGGCUGGUGCUCUAUUUAUACUAUCCAUGUAUAUAUAUAUAUAUAUAUUUUUUUUUUAAUUGAAGCACCACACAGUCACAGAGUCCAAUCUGGUUUGAGGAUGUGUACAUAAUUUGUCCUUAAAAGCUAGAAUUGUUUACUAAUAACAAAAACCCUCCACCAAGUGGGGAGUAAUGGAGGAAUAUUUGUAUUGUAAAAAUGAAGCAGCAAUAAACUUAAAAGAAAAAGAAACUGUGUCU